AUGGCAUCUCAUGGUAGUGAUUCGUGUUCUGAAGAAAAAUUGGAAAUUAAACACAAUAAAGAACAGAACUUAUGCAAUGACUGCCUUUUUGAUGACUUGAAGGUAGAUGCUUUUGGAUUUUGUACAAUUUGUUCCCAAUAUUUAUGUGAAGAGUGUUGCAGAAGCCAUAAGAAAAGCAGCGCAACCAGAGAUCACAAUAUAGAAGAAUGCACUACAGAGGGACAUGAACAGAAUUUUCAGAAAGAGGUUCGCGUCCUGGACGAAACAACAUGUAAACCUACUGUAACUGAAAACUCUGAAAUCAAACUUGUUUGCGAUCCGUGUCUCUUUGACAAUACGGAAAUGCCGGCUGUCGGAUUCUGCGUCAUUUGCGUUGAAUAUCUUUGUCAAGAAUGCUGCCGGGACCACAAGAAAAGUAAAACUACAAGAAGUCACAACAUCUUGAAAGAAAAUAUACCAACAAACUCCCAAGUCUUCAAAACAUUGAAGGAAAUGACGUCAUGUUCAGAACAUACUGAUACGCAGGUGUCUCACAUAUGUAAAGAUCAUAAAAUACACGUAUGUGUGAUGUGUAUUGCGGGCAGUCAUAGAAGAUGCAAAUCUGUGAGUGAGCUGACAAAUACGGAUACUUCUAAUUUGUCCAAAUUAGAUGAGGUUGGAAAGAAGCUACUUGACAUUCGUAAUAAAUCAAAUAGUGUAAAGGAAAAACGCAAAGAAAACAUGGAAGCUUUAAUCCUGGACAACAGUCAGAUACAAUGCAAUAUUUCGGCAUGUGCGGAUGAAGUAAACAAUGUGUUACAACAGCUGAAAGAAAGUGCUCUGAAAUCUUCAAACAGUUUAAUGGACUCAGAGAUUUCUCGCCUGACCAAGGACGUCGCUAUCUGUAAUGAUGUUGAAAAGGACAUUGAGAUGUACACUCAAAUUCUGGAUGCUACAAAACAGCACAUUAGCGGCGUGGAAACGGGUAUAAUUGCGGACAGUCUAGGGAAGAAACUUCUAGCUAUGGAUACGUUCUUAAACAAAAAGCAACAUAUACCCGAUGUGCAGAUGAAAUUUACACAGAAUCCAAUCCUCGGUCAAAUCAGAACACUCGGAAAUGUUACAAUGCAUCAAAAAGCUCCAUUAGAAUUAAAAUCGAACACAGAAUCAGCAGUCCCAUCAGGGUAUGUCAGCGAUGAGGUUAUUGGUGAUGAUGAUAUAUCAAGUUCCUCGGGGUCAGACGUUGAAGAUGACAAGAAUGAUACAGAAAAGAAAGUUAAAAAACAAAAACAGAAAGGGAGGAUCAAAGACCAGGGCAAAUAUAAAAUAAAGGCAUCUUUGGAUCAGAGUCCAUGCUCUAUAAUAGGUGGCUUUAUACUCCCAGGGGGAAACAUCGUGCUUGUUGACGAAACAAACAGAAACAUCAAGUUAUAUACUCGAAAUUACAAAAUAAUGUUCUACAAACCUUUAGAAGCACAGCCAACAGAUGUUUGCAGAAUCGGUCCUAAGAAUUUUGCACUGGUCUACAAAGACUUGAAACAAAUUGAUAAAUUUAUGAUUGAGGACAGGAAACCGAAUGCUGCACAAUUCAAGCGUGGAAUAAAAUCUGUAAAGACAAUUCAGCUAGAGCGUAGCUUUAAAACAAGAUAUGAAAAUUACCGGAUUACAAUGUAUGAUAAAGAAAUAGCUUUACUGUGCAAAACAGUCGGCAGCUCCAUAGGUUCUGUUCGUCUAGAACUUCGUCAAGAAAGUAACAAUCAACUUGACCUAGAAAGUAGUCUACCGUACAGUAACAAAGAAGAGCAGUUUGAUUUCAACCAAUGCGGAAUGUGCUCGACUCCAGAUGGUAUUGUACUAUACAGUAAGAGCACGGGGCUUGUGUGUUUUGUACGGAGAAGAAACAUGGAAGUCCUUAUGGUCAAAUGGAAAAUUGAUCUACAUGGCAAAAUUCCAAAUCUAGAGAGGGUUAUUGGAGAUACAUACGGCAAUUUGUUUGUCUGCUCUACCAUAACAGGGUCGGUGUAUCAGAUUGCUGCGGAUGACCACUCUCAAAUAACAACGGUUGCUUCCCGACUCAUUAACCCCGUUUCAUUGGUAGUUAACGACAAGAUAGGAAAGCUGCUUGUUGGGUGUGAAAAUGAUGAUAACUUGUACAUUUUUGACUUGCAAAAGAAAGGAAACUAA